AUGGAGGAGUGUGAGAGUCUGGACCCAGAGAUGACAGAUCUGCAGGAGUUUUCGGAGACCAUCAGUCAGGACGAUGAAGACGAGGUGGAGGAACUGCAAAACAGUCUGCGAGAGGUCGUGCAGGACCAGUCAGUGAAGCCCAAACUCCAGUGCCUGAUGGUGGAUCCGUCGUUCUCCAUGGUCACAGUGCAGAGCGAGGACAGCGGUAUUGUAUGGGAGACGGCCUCUAGCCGCUGCUCCACUCCCUGGGCCUCUGAAACGAGCUCCAUCUCUGAAGGCUACAGCAUGGAGGGCUCUGGAGCCGCAGGAAAGAUCACAAUUGUCUUUGAUGAGGACAAAGUCAUCCGCCGGAGGACAAGGUCUGGAGGAAGGAGCAGCAGGUUGGGGGACAGGCUGAGCCGACCGGGUAGCUCAAGAUCUGCUUCAGCUCUGGGAGUGGAGAGACCAGAGAUGUUUGAGGUCUCACUUCCCAAUGUAAAACAGGAGAAAACCGAAACGGUGCCAGACUUGGAGGAAAUCAAAAACAAAGAUCAGCAGUUGUUCAGUUUGAUUUCAGAAGGCUAUGAGAUUCUCAACAUCAGAGUUCCCUCCAAACUCCCUACUGUGGAUGAGGAGGAGAGUAUAGACCUGCAGGACAAUUUGUCUUAUUUAGACCAGACUCCAAAGAUCAGGUCCCGAAACCAUCAGGAGUGGACACAGCUACAGGAUCAUGUCCAGCCGGAGGAGGAGGAAAUACCGGACCACCAAGAACCCUCAGCACUCCCAGAGCCAGGAGACACAUCCACACAGAGAGAAAGCAUUAGUGACAUUGACUACUUUGAGAAGUUUACCCUUUUGGAUGUUGCAGCUCCUGGAGAACAUGUCCCAGAGACUCAGGAGGAGGCACAAGAGCCUCAAGUGGAACCCCAAGCAGAGGAGCAAAAGCCUGCUAAGGAGACAGCCCCAGACAGCCCCCCUGCACCAGAAGAAUCUUUUGUCUUUGUAACAGACGAGGAGCUAAUCAGCGAACACCUCGAUCAGGUCUUCUAUGGAGGAGCCCAGACUGACGCGCAGCAGCGAAAGGACAAUGAGGAGGUGGACGGUGGAGCCAGGAUGAGAAUGAGACGAGAGAGCCAGAGGUCGACGAAGGAGAGUGGUUCUGUGUUGUUUGGGAGUGAAGAGACCAUCCUCACACCCAUAUACAUCUCCGAUGGACCCCCAAAGAUCAUUGAUCUUAUCCUGCUGGAGGAGCCCACCGCCAUGUCUUUCAUGUACACUGACCUUUAUGAGGAUGCUGUAGGCCAGAGACUAAAGAGCGACGAGGAACACUCAGAGGCAGAGAGCGUCACAUCGGAGAAGUCUUACAAGAGACGAUUGUCAGAUUCAGAUGAGGCAGACGGGUACCUGGAGAAGUUUACUUUGAAGGAUGAAACUCCCACAGUGGAGGUUCAACCACAAUCAGUGGAGGAUAAGAGGGAGGGGAGGAUGAUGUGGUCACAGAGUAGGUUUGAAAUGACAGGACGUCUAACAAGGACAGAAAGAGAAGAAGAAGAAGAUGACGAGUCAAAAGCAGAGAAACCAAAGACACGGGAGGAAAAAGAUGGAGACAGCAGCAACAAUGUACAAUCAGUGUCAUUUGAAAAGAAAAGUGGAAUAAAAAAAUCUGCUUUGUUGACUAAAGAGCAGGCCGAAGGAGAAGCCUCAGAAAAAUCUAUUCAGACAUCUAAACUGUCGGAGAUUAAGGAGGUGAAACAAAAAAGAGACCACACUGAUCCUCCCAGUAGCAGCACUGGUGAGCCAUUUCCUGAAAUUUCAAAGAGAGACGAAAAAGUAAAAUUAACACAAAGAGAGAGUGAGGGUCAUCAGAGGGAAGAGUGCAAAACCAGUAUUACUGAAUCUGAGCAGCCACAUCAGAGACACAAUGCAGGAGACAAAAUGGCUGAAGUGAUUGUAAAAGCAGAUAAGACAACAGUGGAUGCUACUGUACACAAAGAGGUGAUGGACGUUAAAUCAAAAAUGCAAACAGAAGCCACUGAAAAGAGUUUGUCUGAAGGAGCAGCUAAAAUAGUUGUUCCUGAUGCUAAAAGAGCAACUUUGGCCAAAGCAGCAGCUUUAACUCAAGACGAAGAAGUGUUCACAUUGGCUGAACCUUCAGCUGAAAUAUCUGUGAGCAAGGACACAGUUGCAGCAGAGGACGAGCCAACGGUUGAGGUCAUCACAGACUUUGAUUGUGUGGUACAAGCCAUUAUGGAGGUAACUAAAAAUGCAGUGAAUGAAGAAGAGAGGCAAACCCAGGUUCAGAUUGAUCUCCAGGACGUAACAAGUACUGAGACAACAGCAGAAAAACAACACAAGGUUCUGACAGAGGAAACUGCCAAUGAGGGGUCAGAGGUUACACCUGACCGUUCAUGUGGAGUGACCGAACCCGUGAUGAUGAAAGAGGAAGUCAAAACAGAUUCAGACAAGAAAUGUCAUGAAAUCCGAGCAGAAGAGUCAGUAACCGGCAGUGAACUAAACAAAACAAAGCUGAUAACUGAAGCUCAAACAACCACAGAGGACACGACGAGUGUCAGUGAUGAGUUAGUCCUCCUUGUCCCCAGUGGACAAGCUGUAGAGAUGGACAUUGGUGUUUGCCAGUUGUCAGAGAAGAUCACAAAUGAUGCAGAGGUUGUCCCUAAACCUGAAACUGAAGAUGCAAUGGCACCAAUAGAAGAGACAAAGACAGAGAGUCCGUGUCAAACACAACGAGAAGUUGCAGUAAAGGUGGAUGAACUAAUCACAAAGGAUUUUGAUAGGAAGUACACCCCACCUGCCUCAUCUGUCCCACCUGCCCCUCUGGAAGAACCAGACACAGAGGAGAAGAAGACAGAGGAGGACGUAAAAGAAGAUGUUGGUGUCCUUUCUCCUCUGAAGAGCUUUACUCCCCAGGAGAGUCAGUUGGAAAUACAACCAGAUGUUGCUGUAAAGGUGGAUGAACCAAUCAGGGAUGACUUAGACAGAAAGUACACCCCACCUGCACCUCUGGACAAACCAGACACAAAGCAGAAGAAGACAGAGGAGAACCUCAAAGAAGAUGUGGUUGUCCUUUCUCCUCUGAAGAGCUUUACUCCCCAGGAGAGUCCGCUGGAAAUACAACCAGAAGUUGCAGUAAAGGUGGAAGAACUAAUCAGAAAUGACUUAGACAGGAAGUACACCCCACCUGCACCACCUGUCCCACCUGCACCUCUGGACAAACCAGACACAAAGCAGAAGAAGACAGAGGAGAACCUCAAAGAAGAUGUGGGUGUCUAUUCUCCUCUGAAGAGCUUCACUCCCAAGGAUAGUCCGCUGGAAAUACAACCAGAAGUUGCAGUAAAGAUGGAAGAACUAAUCAGAAAUGACUUAGACAGGAAGUACACCCCACCUGCACCACCUGUCCCACCUGCACCUCUGGAGGAACCAGAAACAGAGGAGAGGAAGAUGGAGGAAGACUUAAAAGAAGAUGUGGGUGUCUAUUCUCCUCUGAAGAGCUUUACUCCCCAGGAGAGUCCGCUGGAAAUACAACCAGUAAAGGUGGAUGAACUAAUCAGAAAUGACUUAGACAGAAAGUACACCCCACUUGCACCACCUAUCCCACCUGCACCUAUGGAGGAACCAGACACAGAGGAGAAGAAGAUGGAGGAGAACUUAAUAGAAGGAGUGGGUGUCGUUUCUCGUCUGAGGAGCUUUACUCCCCUGGAGGAUUUGUCUGGGCUGCACAGAAAGGAAGUACUCGCAGAAGAUGCAGGUGUAGGAGAAAAGGUGGAGCUGAACAAGGUGGAUGAUGCUUCAGAAGCAGUUGUUAUUGCAGAGGACGCCGGUCCAGGUAUUGAUCUGCACAGGGUGGAUGUUGGGAAAAAGAUGGAGCAAGAUGAGAUGGUUGCAGAGGUUUCGGAAAUACCUGUCGAGGAGCUUGGUUAUGAGGUGAUAUCUAAACAGGAUGCAGAGGAGAUGCCAGAAUCAGGAUUACAGAGAGACGCAGAGGAAUCAAGGCCUGAGUCUGGUCAGGACAAAAGAGAGAGGCUGGACGUGGCGAUUGAGAGAGAGGAGAAAGCGUUUGAUCUGUCCCCAGAAGAAGAGCUCAUUGAGGCUGACUAUGACAUCAUAGAUGCAGAGGAGGAGAGUCAGGCUCGACUGGCUGCUGAGUUGCAGGGGAUGGACUGGUUUUGUCUCACCUGUGGAUGUCUGCUAUCAGAGGAUGACCGUGGAUCUGGAAAGCAUUACGACCACGAGCUGACUACGGUGGACAAAGCCUACGAGGACAUCAAGGAGAAGCUGAGUGACUGGAUCUCAGAGCUUCAGGGAAGAUCAGAGAACAUUGAGGACUUGGUGUCAGAGCUGGAGCUGGCCUACAACACUGUGGAGGACCAGUUUGUGGAGAGCGAGGCAGUGAUCCAGGCUCAGAACGAGGAGAUGAUGACUCUGGUGAUGGAGCAGUACAACAACAUGUCUGUCAGCAUGGAGGAGGAGAAGAAGUCCAAGCUGGAACGACUGUAUGAUCAGAUCGUCUCCUUCCAGGAGAGCAUCGACACCACCAAGACCACUUUAGAGACCACGGCCAGAGAGGCGGAGACUGACGCACGGUCACCUGAGGAUAUUCAUACACGACUCAAAGCAGCUCUGGACUCAGCCAUGUCACUGGAGCUGGGUCCCAAGGGACUGCUGGUGUUCGAGGACUACGCCAAGGGCAACGCGUCCGGCUCACACCCCGCACAGCGUAAGGGAAUCCCAGUUCCUCAGAGGCCCACGCUGCAGCCUCAGGAACCAGGAUCAGCCUCCAGCACCAGUGUCACCGUCUACUGGAACGUCAACCCAGGAGACAUCAUAGACUGCUUCCAGGUCUACUGCAUGGAGGAUCCACAAGGAGCCGUGUCAGAAGAAUACCGUGUGACCGUAAAAGAGAGUUACUGCGUCUUAGAGGAGCUUGACCCUGACAAGACGUACAAGGUGUGGGUGAUGGCUGUCAACUACACGGGCUGUUCUCUGCCCAGCGAGAGACUCAGCUUCAGGACUGCUCCAUCAGUGCCAGUGAUCGACACAGAGCACUGCACUGUCAUGUGGGAUUCAGCCACACUGAGGUGGCAGAGGCAGGUCCCCGGACUGACCUACACCCUGGAGUACUGUCGUCAGUAUGAGCUGGAGGGCGAGGGGCUCAGAUCCAUCUCAGGCAUCGAAGGCUGUGAACAGAAGGUUCUGCUGCAGCCAAACGAAAACUAUCUGUUUUACAUCAAAGCUGUGAAUGAGGCUGGAGCCAGUGAACAGAGCGAGGCCGCGCUCAUUUCCACAAAAGGAACCAGGUUCCACCUGCUGAAAGCUUCGGCUCACCCUGCGCUGGAGCUCUCCGUGGACCACACCACUCUGCACUUUCACCAGGACGCACAUGAAAACACGACAGUCACAGAGAAAGAGUGUCCGUCCAUCCUGGGUGAGUUGUUACCAGCACGAGGACGUUACUACUGGGAGACGAUCGUCUCAGAAAGUGCAGCCUACAGACUCGGAGUGACCUACAACAGUGCGGCCACCAGGGACAGCUCUCUGGGGGGAAACAGCCUGUCGUGGUGUUUGCAGUGUGUCCCGACACCAUCAGGUUGCAGCUAUCAGUUGCUCCACAACGACGUCCAGACCAGUGUGUUUGCGAUCGAGAUGCCUGAGCGAGUAGGAGUCCUCCUGGAUUACCAGCUUGGCCAUUUGUCUUUCUUCAACGCCCAAAGCGGUCAGUUGUUAGGUUCCUUCAGCCAGCACUUCACGCAGCCGUGCCACCCUGCUCUGGCCCUGGAGAUGCCGGGCAGUCUGGAGGUCUGCAUGGUCCAGGAGGUGCCGGAGUUUACCAAAGACAGCUAGCUGUACAACCUGCCACACAUACACACACGGAAAAGUUUACUUUAAAAUAAUAAUUAAAAAAGUGUUUUAUGUCUAAUAUUACAGGAUAUAAAAUGUACUUAAAGGAGAUAUUUGUAAAAUAUGGACAACAGUGACCUUUAAUGUGUAAUAUGGUUACUGCAGUCUAUUGACCUAUUUUCAAGGGCCACACAGUUGGUGUAGUGGUUAGCACUCUUGCUUUUGUAGCAAGAAGUCCCAGGAACCUGCAUGGAGUUUGCAUGUUCUCCCUGUGUGUGUGUGGGUGUUCUCUGGCUUCCUCUCACAGUCCAAAAACAUGCAACAUGGGGAUGUCUUUUUCUGUGGUCGAGAUGUUUUUGAGAGGGGUAAUGAAGCUUUUUAGGUUUGGUAACAGCUUAUUGUGUUGACUAAUGGCCCAGGUAUACUUCCGCGCACAUGCUCACAGCUGUAAGGCCCGUCGGGCAGGGGAGUCAGGGUGUCAGCCAGUUCGCAGGUCGCCAGGUCGAGGCUCGGAUGACUAUCCUUGGCGACUACUUUAUUCUGUUGUCAAAAUGUUUUUUCUGCUUGUUGAGCGGGGCUUAAUACUCCACCUACCGUGGGACGGAAGUUGAGUUCACACAACGGUGCUGUCAACGGGCGCCCAACGCACGCUUUGCAUGCGGUUCCAAAAUCUGGGCUGUACCAGUAAAGCACGUGGAAGUAUGACAGGGCCUUAACACUUCUGGCAACCCAGUCUGUCAAAGUGCAACAGACCAAAACAUAAACAGAAUUUGCAAAUGAAUAUUUUACAUUGUGGAUGUACCAUUGUCUUCAUUGGUUUCUUUAGUCUUUGGUGACACAGAAAUAAAUAUCAUAAAAUAUAAUACAUUUCUUACAUAUAGCCCCUUUAAUUAAGCUAGAAGACACAACUAUAGGUUCCCACUUACUGAUGUAUUUGAGUGUUUUUAGAAAAAAGGAAUCCAGUCAUUGAAGAAAAAAAUGUCUGAUAGAAAAUAAACAAGUAAAAUUCACACAAUGAAACUGUUUUGUAAAUAGCAAAAACAAAGGUAAUGCAAAUGAAGGAUGAAGGUGUGCAAUACAGCUGGAUUUCAAAUCAGAUUCCCUUCACUGGUGAACGUCCUGUAUUUAGUUUUGUUGUUUAUUAUUUUGUAAUUUUAACAGCAGUGACAGUUGUUGUUUUUCUUGUUUUGUUUCUUUUUAACUGUUUUGUAAAUGUUUGGUUUUCUGAUCUGAUACUUUGAGUAACGACACGUUGGAAGUCAAAUACACACAGUAUCAUUAACAUCAUCAUCAUCCCUUAGAUCAGGGGUCACAAACUCAAAAGACCUGGGGGCCACUGUGUGUCCAGUCACGUGAAAAACCGUCUACUGUCCUGUAGGCAUGGAUAAUAUGAACUUAAAAUUACAGCUAGAUAUUGCAUUAACAAUAUAUGUACGCAUAUUUCACAGAAUUUCAAAAUAAAAGUGUUUAUACUGAAAGGGAACAAUUCAUAGUUUGCACCAAAAAAAACAUUUCUGGUGUGAAAUAAAUCAGUCAAUAGAAACAAAAUACAGAAAUAACUCAUUAUAACUUAAAUUUACACAUGAAAUUGAUCAGGGACACAAGUGGUCCACGGGCCAUGAGUUUGAGACAUUUAGACAAACCAGUGAUAGUUUUUUGUCAUACCCAGAGUUUACAUCUCCCCCAAAAAAACCUACUGUAGCACUUUGAAAUUGUGUUGAAUAAUGUGAAUAGAGUGUCUGCGUUUGUGUAAAUAACCUUUGUAAACAGGUCAGACUGAUGGACAACACAGAUCGACUGCCUUGUGAACUGAUUUCCUGAAUGAACGUGAAUAUUUGUUUUUCUACUCACA